AUGGUCCAACCACACGAACCAGAAUUCGAACAAGCUUAUAACGAAGUUGCCUCUACCCUUAAGGCCUCCACUUUGUUCAAAGUCCACCCUGAAUACGAAAAGGCUUUGGAAAUCAUUUCCAUCCCUGAACGUAUCAUCCAAUUCAGAGUUGUCUGGGAAGAUGACAAGGGUCAAGUUCAAGUCAACAGAGGUUACAGAGUCCAAUUCAACUCUGCUCUCGGUCCAUAUAAGGGUGGUUUGAGAUUCCACCCAUCCGUCAAUUUGUCUAUCCUCAAGUUCUUGGGUUUCGAACAAAUCUUCAAGAAUGCUUUGACCGGUGAAAUGAUUGGUGGUGGUAAAGGUGGUUCUGACUUCGAUCCAAAGGACAAGUCCGAUGCCGAAAUCAGAAGAUUCUGUUAUGCUUUCAUGUCAGAGCUCGCCAAGCACAUUGGUCCAGACACCGAUGUCCCAGCUGGUGAUAUUGGUGUCACUGGUUCCGUGAUUGCUUACUUAUUUGGUGCUUACAGAAAGAUCAGAAAUGAAUACACUGGUGUCUUGACCGGUAAGGGUUGGGGUACCGGUUCCCUUGUCCGUCCAGAAGCCACUGGUUACGGUUUGGUUUACUACGUUGAACAAAUGAUCAAGCACGCCACUAACGGUAAAGAAUCUUUUGAAGGUAAGACCGUUGCUGUUUCUGGUUCUGGUAACGUUGCCCAAUACGCUGCUCUUAAGGCUAUCCAACUCGGUGCCACCGUCGUUUCUUUAUCCGACUCCAAGGGUGCCAUCAUUGCCCCAAGCGGUAUCACUGCUGCCCAAAUUGAAGAAAUUGGUGCUGGUAAGUUGGCCUUCAAGUCUUUGGAACAAAUCAUCUCCAGUAGCUCUGAAGCUUUCUCUACCAAGAGUGCCAUCAAAUACAUUCCAGGUGCUAGACCAUGGGUUCACGCCGGUAAGGUUGAUAUUGCUUUGCCAUGUGCCACUCAAAACGAAGUUUCUGGUGAAGAAGCUGAACACUUGCUCGCCAACGGUACCAAGUACGUUGCCGAAGGUUCCAACAUGGGUUCCACCCAAGAAGCCAUCGAUGUCUUUGAAGCUUCAAGAGUCAAGGGUGCUGGUAUCUGGUACGCUCCAGGUAAGGCCUCCAACGCUGGUGGUGUUGCUGUCUCUGCUCUCGAAAUGGCUCAAAACUCUCACAGAAUCAAGUGGACUUUUGAAGAAGUUGACGCUAAGUUGAAGACUAUCAUGGUCAACUGUUUCAACAACUGUCUUGAAACUGCUAAGGAAUACAGUGUUGACACCAAGGAAGGUUUCCCAUCCUUGGUUGCUGGUGCUAACAUUGCUGGUUUCGUCAAGGUUGUCAGCGCCAUGUACGAACAAGGUGAUGUCUUUUAA